AUGUCAAGUUAUCGUUGGCCUCCAGUUCCUUCAUCUGGACUCAAGUCACGAGAUCUAACAUCGAAUUAUUCAAAUGGAUAUUCAUCAAAUAAAAAUUUUGGAAGUACUGCUUCAGUUCCAGCAACACCCUACACGUCUACAUCAAAACCGCUUGGAACAACAGCCUAUCCUAAUUUCGGGACCAGUUAUGCUUCAGAUAUAUACAAUCCUAGGAAAACUCGUGCCAACUCUGUACUAACUGGCAGAAAUGAAAAUAACGAUUACACCUAUGGUUCAGGACGUCAUUCAAAUAGUGGAACAGAUUAUUCAUCAAAUUUUUCAAGUUUCUCUAGUAGUCGUUACCCAAGUGGAUCUAUAUCUUCAAGAGACUCUGGAUCUGUAAAAGACUAUAAUAAUCUAUCAAAAUCUACUGGUAAUUAUCAUCGACCUUCAGUAAGCAGUUUAUCUUCAUCAGUUGUAAAAGAGGAGGAUGAAUUAGACGAGUCAGUUAAUAAUGCCAAUUUAACAAAGUAUAUUGUUGUUACAAGUAGAGCAACAUCGACUGAAGAAGAUUCUAAUUUUAGAAAUAAAUUAACAGGUAUAUCUACAACAAAAACAGAGAAAGCAGAAGUAAAAAUGCCACGUCCUGUUAAUAUACACAAUUAUACACAAACUGGUGAUGAUAUUAUUCUCCCACCCACUAAAGUCAAUUCACCCCUUCCUAGUGCAGAUAAAGUAAGCAUUCCGCGACGUAUGAACAUCGGAGGACGAUAUCUAAAACAGCUUUCAGGUAACGAAGAAGAUACACAAAGUCCUAAGCCUAAUCGUGGCGGUUGGAGGGAAUCUGUAUAUGGUGUUGACUAUUUAGGCAGGUCACGUGCACAAACACAACCACCAGUUAGCCCAACACCAGCUCCAAGUACCAUUACUCCUAGUGAACAGAAACGAUUGGAACGUGAGAAAAUCCUUGAAGAAGACUGGAAGAAACAAAUCCAACUAGAAAUUGAACGGGAAAAUCGUCGUCUUCGUCAGCUGGAACGCAAAGCGAAAUGGGAGAAAGAUGAAAUAAAAAACCGUGAGUUGGAAGAGGAGAUUAAACGGAGGAAACAAAUAGCGGCAAGUUUAGCCGAAAAAGAAGCCAAUUAUAAAGCAGAUUAUCAAGCAUCACAGAAAUUACCAUUAGCUAAAAAAUUUGAAACAGCCAUCUCCCAAGAUCCAAUACAAAAGGUUAACAGUUGGCGACAACAAAAUUCUUUACAAGAAGCCGACCCACCACAUGCUGGUGAAAUGGGAAACUCUCAGCUAUGGGAUAUGCCACCUAAAACUAACAACUCUGAUGUUGUCCAGUUAAGGUCGCAAAGCAGACGACCUAGUGGAAAAUCGGAUGCAGUAAGAUAUUCUCGUGAUUCUGAAGCUACUUUACGGCAGGAUACACUGACCUCCUCAGUUAACAGUGCACAAAUAGUAGAGAAUGGAGUAUCGAAUAGACGUAGAAGUUCUGCCAUGUCAACUUCCUAUUUUUCACAACACACAGAUAUCGAUGAUAUACUAAAAGACAGUAUCUCAUCUAAACAGGACAAGAAAACAUCCAAAGAGAUGCUGAACGAUAUCGGAAAACGCAGAGAUUACUAUGCAGAUGGUAGUGGAGAUUCAGACGAUGAACAAUGUAAGAUUGUCUACAAGUCAUGGAAAGCUAAAGAGUCAUUCCAGAAGAUGCCAACUGAAAUACAAAAUUUACUAAUGAAAAGUCAUAAACGACCAAUCACCAUACCAAUGUUGCUCAAUGUUUGUCGUAAUAAAAAUCAUGACAGAAAAUUUACAGAUUUAGAAGAGAAAAACUUUCGUGGUUAUCGUACUGUGGAUGAGUUAUUGGUUGAAUCGGGGAUUGAUGUUAAAAAACUUGAAGAUAGUGCCCUCCAACUUUAUAAAUUUGGACAAGCGCAGUCAGAGUUUGGAUCUUAUCUUGACCUUGAUUCGACAUUGCAAGAGCAGUGGGAAGACUUGGAAAUAUCAGCUGAUCAAGAAAACAGUGUUGUGCUUCGUACUAAAUUAGUUGUUCGUGUCAAAGCAAUUAUUGAAAAAUUAUUAGAUUCUAAUGGUCGAGAGUUGAAACGUUCACUUUUCUCAUUGAAACAAAUAUUCCAGGAUGAUAAAGAUCUUGUACAUGAAUUUGUGACUCAUUCCGGCCUGGAUUGUUUAGUCAAUGUUGGCUCUAGGUCAGAUCAGAAUAUCCAGAAUUACAUCCUGCGUGCUUUGGGACAGAUAAUGCUUUAUGUUGAUGGGAUGGCUGGAGUUAUUGAACAUCCAAAUAUUUUACGGUGGUUAUACUCCCUGUUAACAUCAAAAUUCCGUCUGGUAACGAAGACAGCCAUUAAACUACAAUUGUUGUUUGUCGAUUAUGCUGAGAUGAAUGCAAUGAUUUUCGUCAAAUCUGUUGAAGCUUAUCAUGCUAGUACUCCUUUAUCUGGUCGACCAUGGUCGUACAUAAUUAAUAUAUUGAACAAUGAAGCAAGUGAUUCUGAAUUGUUGGUCUAUGCAAUGACCUUAUUGAAUAAGACGCUGAAUUCAAUUCCAGAUCAAGAUACAUUCUAUGAUGUUACAGAUUGUUUAGAAGAGAUGGGUAUGCAAAAAAUUGUCCAGUGUCAUCUUAGCAAAAAGAACUGUGAUCCUGAAUUAGCUGAACAAUUAAAUUUAUAUGAAGCAAGUUUACGCUAUGAAGACGGGGAAGAUGUUGAUGAAUUACCACUGCCAGCAAGUGGUCGUGAAAGUCUACGUCAGGUGAGACGAAUGAGUCGUGAUCAAUAUCUGAAAACACCUGAAGGCGAAGCAUUAUUAUCCUCUAUGCAUGCGCUACCCAUAAGUCAGUCAAUGGCAUGUGAAAUGGAUCGAGCACUGUCACGUAAAUCAAAACGUUAUCAGUCUGUAGAAAAUCUUCAGCACGCUGGAAUGCCUAAAAAAGUUUCCCAUGCAAGCUUUCAUCCUUCGACAAAACAUAAUGAACCGAAGUCAUCAAAUGUGUUUUCAUCAUCACGGGAGAACAAACACGAUGACAAUUUGGGUAAAGAUAGUAAAAGAAAGCCUGAAAUGAAUGGUCAUAUUGAUGAUUCUCAUGAUAACAUUAGGAAACUUCAAGGUGUCAGUCCUAGUGAUGAAUGUGAAAAUUACAAGCGAAAAUUAUCGUCACCAUCACUUCUUAUCCAUCAUCCGACUAUUGUUCACUUACCGCAUUCAAAUUAUAAACAACAAGAGCAGGUUAAUCACAACACCACGACCAAUAUCAAUGCAGCCUCAAUUAAUGGUCAGGUAGAGAAAAAGAAUAUUAUUAUUACUAACAGCGAUCCUGCUACAAUGCCUACUACUACUACUACGUGCUCUAGUCAACCUUCAAAGCGUAUUACACUUUUGUAUGAAGAACAAUUGACUAUUGAUGAAAUUGAUGUGACUGAUGAUUAUGUGAAAGAUGAGACUGAAACAUCCAGUAGUCAUGAGAAUCCCUGCGAAGAACAUGUAGUGCUAGAGAAUGACAUAAAACACUGUAAUAAACUAAACACAGAAUUGACAAAUUCUUGUGAACAAGACAAGGCUCUGUCCACCUUUGUUAUCGUUGAACCAGAGGAAGACUCUGCACCGAUUGAAUUACAUCCAAUGCCAAGUCAUGUACAACCAGAAAAUAAAGGCAUGGUAUUCUACUGUUUUGAUGAAGAACACACUUUAACACCUGAUGCAAAAAAUAAGUUGCUCCGCGAGAAUGAAUUAGUAUCAGAUGUUGAUGCUACUGAAACAUCACAGGAACUUGAUGAAAUCCCAAAUCAAAAUGGUCAUUGUAUUGAAGGAGAAGAAGAAGAAGAAGAAAAAGAGGAAGAAAGAAAACAAGCAAGUGGAAAGGAGACAGAAAACGAAGGAAAAGGCGAUCACGAGUCUGGUAUUGAAAAAAAUGAACCUGUCGACGAUCUCAAGGGAAAGGUGAUCAUUGUCCCCGAGGGUCCAGUAGCUGGAUCAUUGAAGAAUAAAAUUGAAGCACUUACUCGAGCCUCUCAAAAACAAUCGGAACCUAGUACUCCUUCUAUCGCCAGCAGUGCACCAGCCACAUCACCAAAUAAAGUCAGUAGUAUACAAGCGCUAAAAGAGAAGCAUUCAUCCUUUGAAAAAGUGGAAGAACCGCCAAAGCCACAAACACCACGCGAAAGAACUGGUAAGAUUCUAUCAGUUAAGGAUCGUUUCGAAUCAGGCAUAGCAUCGAAGCCACCAAGCGCUCCGGGUUCUACAUUACCUGUUAAAAAGAGUACUGCAGAACCAACAACAGCAACACCCACCGCUGCAAUUCUAGCUGAAACUGAAAACAAUGUUGAGACAUUUUGGCAACGUUGUCUAGACAAGGUUAAACGGCGUCCUCUACGGUUGAAAGAUUUGGACUUUACAGAUCUUGAAGCUGAAGAACAAGAGGAAACUCAAAUGUUGACAAGUUCUGGACCGCCGCCUGCGCCGCCACCACUUGGUCUCAAUCUCCCUCCUCCACCGCCACCACCACCUGGAGGUGGUUUUGGUGCACCUCCCCCACCACCACCACCACCACCUCCAGGAGGUGCUCCCCCUCCACCUCCUCCUGGACUAGGUGGUCCUCCUCCCCCACCACCCGCUCCUGGUGUCGCCGGACAAACAGGUGUUCCAUCCAACCUACCACCAGCUCCUGGUACAGAGCUUCCCAAGUCAAAAAAAACUAUUCGUCUCCAUUGGACUGAGUGGAAACCAACACCGAAAGACUUGAAAAUGAUUGCAGCAGUUAAACCACAAACAUCUAUUGAUAAACCAGACACUGUUUCUGGUGUAGGUAGUAGAUUUUUGUCGUCUCUGUCGACUAAGCAAGCGAAUAAAGAAGUUAAAAAAGAUAUUAAAGAUAUUGCAAAAUCGACUGUAUGGUCAGAACUUGUACCCGUGAAACUAGAUCCAGACUUUUUGGAAGAAACAUUUGAAAAUCGUUCUGCUGAUGUAAAAAUAAAGAAACAAGAAGUCGCUGUAAAGAAGAUUGAAGUGUUAGAUAUGAAACGUUCAAAUGCAAUAAAUAUCGGUUUGAAGGUGCUGCCUCCACCGCGUACAAUCAGUUCAGCCAUUUUAAAAAUGGAUCAGUCUAUUAUUAACAGAGAAGGAAUUGAGAAACUUCUUACAACAAUGUUGCCUACUGAAGAAGAAUGUGAAGCUAUCAUGAAGGCGAAGGCGGAACAGGAUGGUUUACCACUUGGACAAGCUGAACAAUUCCUAGUUACACUAUCGGCGAUAAAUCAUUUGAAACCGCGUUUAGAAUUAUGGUUGUUCAAAUUGGACUAUGAACAAAGUGAAAAAGAGAUAGCUGAACCAUUGAAUGAUUUAAAACAGGCUGUCACAGAGAUAAUCAACUGUAAAACUCUUCGAUAUGUUCUAUCAGUUCUUCUGGCUAUUGGUAAUUUUUUGAAUGGUUCAACUGCUCGAGGAUUCACUCUAGACUAUUUGGGUCGUCUUCCUGAAGUCAAAGACACUAAAUAUAAAAACAGUUUAUUACAUCAUGUAUGCUGUAUAGUGUUAGACCAAUUCCCUGAUGGUACAGACCUUCACUCAGAGUUGGGUGCAUUAUGCCGCUGUCAUCGUGUUGACUGGGAUGAAUUGCCUAAACGAUUGGAGAAAUUAGAGACAGAUAGUAAACGUGCAUGGGAACAUUAUCGUUUAAUAUUCAGUUCUGAAAAAGAGUCAAGCAAAAAUGCCAAGCUUUCAGAAUUUCUGACUGAUGCCAUGGAACGAGUUAUCUGUUUACAAAUGGUCUAUAGACGAAUGAGUGCAAGAUUUCGGCAUACUCUGGAGUAUUUAGGCUACAGUCCAGCAAGAGCAUCCAGUACUUCAGUUGGCUAUUUCUGUCGUAUUCUAGCUGAAUUCGCCUUAGAAUAUAGAACAACACGAGAGAAGAUAAUUGAAGGCCGUGAGAAGAAGGCGUUGGCACGAGAACGUAAACGUACAAGAGGAAAGUUGAUAGUUGACGUACCCGGUAUACGUGGUGCACCAAAUGAUCUUGUACAGUCGAAGGAUGAUGCAGAACUACGUGAUUUACUCCUGAGACCAGCAAAUGAAACAGACUCUGAUACCUCCUCAUUUACAGCUACUAUAAGACGACGUCUACAUACACCUGGACCAGCUCCUCGACGAUUGGCGCCAAAUCGUGGACGUAGUCCAGGUAUAGCCUGUGAAGCUUCCGAUGCUUCAAUGGAAGCAUUAGAUCAAGAACAAGAUAUUCUCUUGGAUGCCUGUUUACGUGCCAGUACACCAUCCAUUAAUUCGCAUGGUGGUAUGGGUAGACGCGCUCCACCCAAAGAUCGUAGAAGACCCUCAGAUCGAUCAAGAUUUUCAGUUCGUCGAACUCUUAACAAGAAACUCGCUGAAGAUGAUAUCAAGGCGAUAGAACGAGUGAUACAAGCAUCGGCUAAAACAUAA